UCUCCUCGCCUCCUGUCUUUUUGGAUGGAUAGCUACUCUCUCCUCUACAGUUCCUCCCACAGAACCGGACUCCUCUCCGGCUUCCAGCGCCUGCGCUCUCAGAGGAAGAUGUGUGAUGUGGUCCUGGAGGCUGGCGGCGUUUCGUUCCCCUGUCAUCGCGCCCUCUUGGCCAGCUCCAGCGAGUAUUUUUGGGCUCUGUUCGGAGAGACCACCGCCGAGAGAUCAGCCGGCUCCGUUAGCCUUCCGGCACUAACGCCCGAGGGUUUAGACAUCGUUCUGGACUUCCUGUAUUCUGGCUGGCUCAGCGUAUCCCCGCCCACACUUCCUGUCGUCUUGGCGGCAGCCAGGUACCUGCAGGUGGAGCCGGCUGUGGCGAUAUGCGAGCGCUUCAUUACCGACGGAUUAAGCGCUGAGAACUGUUGUUCCUACGCUAACCUGGCCGAGCAUCACGCCCUUUCGGAUGCACUCGAAGCUGCCAAUCAAACCGUCGCUAUGGAGAUGGGGACAUUGCUGCAGGACAGCAGGGAUGACCUUCUAGGGCUGAAUGUCCAGUCGCUCAUGGCGGUGCUCGAUGCUGACGAGAUACCUGGCGUCAAGGAGGUGGAGCUCAUAAAGCUGGCUCUGGAUUGGCUGAACGAGAACGGGCCCCUCCCCCUGCUGAAAUCAAAUCUGCUGCUGAGUCGCCUGCGCUUCGGAUUGGUCGCCCCGUGUGACCUCACCGAUCUCAGCCACGCCCACAGAGCCAUGGCCACGCCGCUGAUCAGAAGUCAGCUGACUCGAGCUCUGGAGUACCACAGGCUGGGUUCAGCUCAGCCAAUCAGGCAGAGCAGGCAGUCCACGCUCAGGGCGUCACCCAAUCGCGUGCUUCUUGUGGGUGGAGGAUCCGGCCCUGAUUGGCCGGAGCAGCAGAUCCUGGCGUUCGAUCCUCGAAGCAGAAAGUUUUCAUCCCUGAGCUCCGGCCUCCCGCUGCGGCUGAGAAGUCACUGCGUGUGCUCGGUUGGAGGUUUCCUCUUCGUGAUCGGAGGGGAAGAAGUGAAGGAAGGAGACGAGGACGGGAAGAAGUCUGUCACCGCGGCGAUGUCCAACCAGGUGUGGCGCUACGAUCCUCGCUUCAGCAGCUGGGAGAAGGUGGAGUCCAUGCUGGAGAGGCGAGCGCGGUUCACCUGCUGCGUGGUGGAGGACGUGAUCUACGCCAUCGGAGGUCGAAACACGCGACCGGGCACCGACGCACACACCUCCGUAGCUUCUGUUGAGUUUUAUGACAUGGCUUCAGGAGGGUGGAGGAGAGGAGCAGCCAUGCCUCGACCCCUUUACGGCCACGCUUCUGCAGUGCUUCACGACUGCAUCUACGUGUCGGGCGGUGUCCCGGGCAACCAAGGCACCAUCGACGCCAGUAACCACGGCGAUAACCAGGAUGACCACAGAGGAAGCAGCAGAGAAGUCCUAUCCUGGGACCUUAAGGGUAAAGUUUGGGAGAAGCGAGCCUCCAUGUCCAUCGCGAGGUCCGGUCACCGCCUGGCGACCGCCCACGGCCACAUCUACGCCUUGCUGGGGAUGUACGAGCCUUUCUGCGACAUCGAGCAAUACGAUUCGCGGUCGGACCACUGGACCCGCCUCCGGCCGCUCCUCACUGGCUCCUUCAACUACGGGAUGGCGUCGACGCCGUCCGGGAAUCUGCUCGUGUUUGGCGGGAGGAGAUGGAGCGACGGACGGGAGGUGAUAGUGAAGAGCGUGCUGGAGUACGACACGAAAAAAGAUCGCUGGAGGGAGAUCUGUCAGCUGCCCAGACCUCUAACCGGGACCGAGUGCACUCUGCUGCCCCUGCCGGACUAAAGCUCACAUCGCGGGAGAAGAUUCGAACAUUCAUUUAAACAAUCACAAAACAAAGACUUUAGAAUUCUGACAGUAUCAUGGACUGUAAACUCAAUUUUUAUGUGUUUGUUAUAUAAACAAAAGUUGAGUUUAGGGAACUUUUGGGUUUCAGCCAUGCAAGAAGAAAAACACGAUCCAUCAGAGCAGACAGCUUUGCGGCCGAGAAAUAAAAACUGUGGUGUCAGAGAUUAAAUAUUCACCCGGCAUCCCAACCUCAACAUUUUCACUCCUCGUGUCACUAUAAAUUUCAAACUGCUUCUACUCCUGUCUUGUUAGAGGAGAAGAGACGUGCAGUAUAUCAGGAUACCUAGGGAAAUAUUCAAGUCAAAUCUAAAAUGUUUGACACCAUACGAAUAUAUUUCUAUUAAGCUAAGCUUAACUAGCUUUGCUUGGCAUAAAGCACA